AUGCGAAUCAGAGUUUAGAUAUUUACUCGUCCUAGAUUCCAGAGAAAGCAUUUAUUAAUGAUGCUGAUUUCUCCUUGGCCUUUGAGGGGUAUGGGAAGCCACAGAGCACUGAAACAACACAAAAGAUGCCACCCAAAAGAUGCGUCCAGAACCAUAGAUGAACAGAUUGACACAACAGAUCAGACACCACAAAAGCUGCAUUUCAAGCUUCGAUAGCUUUUUGGCAAACUGUGAGCUUAGAAGAAAUGCUUCAGCUUUUUCUUUGUUUAUUUUGUCAAAAUCUGCUUUAGGACUUGCAGCUAGCAUCAUUCAACCCAUCAUUUGCAAUUACUCUGACACCAAAAAGAUCUUGCCCCUGAUCAUUAGCCACUUUGCUCCAUACAUGUUAUUUUGAAUUCAGUAAGAAAAAUAAAUUUUACAAAGGCGGUGAAGUGUAGUUGUACUAGCUCUUCAACCAAACUGUCAUCUUCUUUUAGCAAUUGAAGAUUUUUUAGCAACCUAGACAUGCCAACAGAAAUCCCACAGCAUGGAGAUAGGGAAAGAGAGCCCAGUGAUAAACAAGACACUGUAAUAAGGACUUUUGGGUUUCGAUCGGAAGGAAGAUUCAAGGUCAAGCCUCAUAGUUUAUGGAAAAAAUUCAAGAGCAAUCUACAAUGUCAAGGCAAAUGGGCAGAAGUAAAUGGAUCAAUGGGGGACUUGGGCACCUUCGUUCCCAUUGUAAUUGCCCUUACACUGGUGAAUGGCCUGGAUUUAGGCACCACUCUCUUGUUCACAGGGAUGUACAACAUAAUAACUGGGUUGCUUUUUGGUGUUCCCAUGCCAGUACAGCCCAUGAAAGCCAUUGCUGCAGUGGCAAUUAGUGAAGGGAAGCAUUUGAGCAUCCCAGAGAUAAUGGCAGCAGGAAUCUGCACUUCAGGAGUAUUGUUUGGGCUUGGAAUUACAGGGCUAAUGAGGUUAGUUUAUUGGCUUAUUCCCCUGCCUGUGGUCAGAGGGGUGCAACUCUCACAGGGCUUGGCCUUUGCAUUCACAGCUGUCAAAUACAUAAGAAAAGAGCAGGAUUUAACAAAGGCAAAAGCUGGGGGUGCAAGGCCUUGGAUGGGUUUGGAUGGACUUUUAUUGGCUCUUGUGUGUCUUGUCUUCAUACUGCUUGUAAACGGCUCUGGUGAUGAUGGUGAUGACUCAAGUCAAAAGACUGAGGAAAUCCCACAGGUUUCAACACCCAUGGAUGAAUCUGAGAAUGCCCAAGUAAGGAAAUCAGUCUGGAACUUCAAGGUUUUACGUGCAAUUCCAUCUGCGCUUAUAGUUUUUGUGCUUGGUAUUGUGCUUGCCAUUGCUAGAAAGCCUGAGGUUCUUAGUCAUUUGAAAUUGGGCCCAUCCAAGCCUCAUUUGAUAAAAAUCUCAAGGCAUGAGUGGAAAACAGGAUUUGUCAGGGCUGCAGUACCCCAAAUACCUCUCUCUGUCCUCAACUCUGUGAUUGCUGUCUGUAAAUUAUCCACAGAUUUGUUUCCCAACAAGGACGUGACUGCAACUUGGGUGUCUGUGAGUGUGGGGCUGAUGAAUUUGGUGGGCUGUUGGUUUGGGGCCAUGCCUGUCUGUCACGGAGCAGGGGGCCUUGCAGGGCAGUACAAAUUUGGGGCUAAAAGCGGGGCAUCUGUGGCGUUUUUAGGAACUGCAAAACUGAUCUUGAGUCUUCUUUUAGGGAAGUCCUUGGUUAAAAUACUGACCCAAUUUCCCAUUGGUUUGUUGGGUGUGUUGCUUCUCUUUUCAGGUAUUGAGCUCGCCAUGGCCUGCAGAGACAUGAAAUCUAAGAAGGAUUCAUUUGUCAUGCUCAUGUGCACAGCAGUUUCACUCACUGGUUCCAGUGCUGCCCUGGGAUUUGGUUUUGGACUUGUUCUCUAUGUAAUUCUCAAAUUGGGAGAGAUGGAAUUUUCACACUGCAUGACCAUUUUCCGAUCGUUGUUCAGCAGAAGAAAUUUCUCGUACAACACCUGAACAAGAUGGUGGACACAUGGCAGGCAUCAAUUAGUAAUUAUUCUUGUUUAAAUGUGUUAUUGGAAGAUUGUUAGCAAAUAAUCAGUUGAUGUAUCAAUAAUUGAGGUGAUAGACUCCAAAUGGCACCUUGCUAAGUUUUGAAGUACCUUUCUAUGGAAGUGUGGUCCUUUAUGCUAUGUUCAACUUCCUUCAAAGAGCUUCUCACUUGUAAAAGCAGACAUAGCAAUCCCUGUCAAACACUGUAUGUGUUUGAUUAGCUGUAGUGUGUAGAGUAGGGUUGUAUUGGUAGUGUUUCUCUACUAUUGGUUGCUACUUCAGUGUAAUUUCUCACUUUGGUAUGUAAAUAUGUUCUUUACAGAUGCUGAGACUGUUUUGGCAUAUAGCCACAACCUUCAAUAGAAGCACAUAGCCGUUAUCUUAAAAAUAUUGUAUGAUUGUUUUUGGCUUGUGAAUAGGAUCAGAUUUGUUAAUA